AUGACACAAGUAGACACGGAAAUGCAGGCGGGCAGCUCAAGAAGCAGCACCACGUUCGGGUGCUCUGAAGACCGCAUGCCAUCCAUCAGCAUGCGGAGACUGCUUGCCCUGACACUGCCUAACUUUGGCAUCCAAGUGCUAUGGUUCAUCAUUAUGUCAUAUGGUACACCAUACAUGACUGGCCUGGGCAUACCCAAUUCCAUCACAACGCUCGUAUGGGUCUCAGGGCCGCUCAGUGGUGCACUGAUCCAGCCACUGUUCGCAGCCAUGUCCGACAGCACUCAGAAUCCAUGGGGAAAGCGCAAACCAUAUAUUGCUGGAGGUGCCAGCUUCGUUGCCCUCUCACUGUUGGGCUUAGCGUAUGCUGAAGAUAUGUCGAACUGGCUUACGAGCACCUCGUCCUCACACAAGCACAUGUCCGCCCCGGGCCCGCCAAAGGCUAGCGCUCUGACGAAGCUGAUGGUGACCUUUUGGAUAUUUGCGUUGAACAUGGCCAUCCAGCCGCUACAAAACGGAGUGCACGCCCUCGCUGUUGACAACUGCCCCGCUCACCAGCAAGUCACUGCAGCAGCGUGGACUGCCCGUUUCAAUGGUCUGGGCGCCGUGGCCAUCUCAGCUUCUGCCUUUGCCGAUGUCGAGGCGUGGGCGCCGAUACUGGGUGAAACCAAAUUAAAGGCGCUGUGCAUGCUAGCAGUGCUGGCACUGGGCGCCGCCAUUACACCAGCAUGCGUUUUGAUACGCGACGAACCCAGUAAGGACAUUGGCAUGCACCGCGGAGCAGUGAGCAUAUUCGCACGGCUUUGGACGCUGGCUGGAAAUCUGCCACCAGUUACAAGGCAGGUCUGCAAGGUGCAGUUCUGCGCCUUCACAGCUUGGUUCUCGGUGCUUUACUACUCGACCACCUACGUGUACCAGGUCUUCGUCAUCGACCAGCACGUCCACCUCGACCCUGAGAUUUUCGGUAGUGCAGACUCCCGCCUUGUGGACAUAGGAAAGCAAGCCGGAACUCGUGCCUCGUUUGUUUUUGCCAGCAUCACCUUUGCCUCGUCCCUGCUUCUACCGCUCAUCGCCCGCUACUCCGCACGCCAACCCGCUUCCGGCCGUUCCAUACCGACGGUUACAAUAUUCUCCCUGUCGCUUGGCCAUGUUUGGUAUCUUGCACAUUGCUUGUUCGCCACUCUGAUGUUUCUGACUUGCUUCGUCUACACCGUGCCUGCUGCCACUACCGUUGUCGGUAUGCUUGGCAUUGCCUGGUCCGUCGCCUCAUGGGCUCCAUACGCCCUCAUCAGCACCGAAAUUGCCACUAUCAAGGCCCAGAGUGAGGGAUUACAUAUGUCAACCGAGAAGAACACGGGAGCCACAGGGGCAUGGGCGGAUGAGACUACAGCAGGUAUCAUAGCCAUUCAUAACAUGGCCAUUUCCCUACCUCAGAUUGGCGCCGCCUUGGGCUGCACUUUACUCUUCAAACUCGUGGAGAUGUCGAAAAGGGACGACUCGGCUGCGUUUGCUUUCAAGUUUGCUGGUAUCAUGGCGGUGGUAGCAGCUUGGAUCGGCAGGACUUUGAGAUAG